UUGUAUAACUUUCACAUUAACUCCUCUUUUUUAUUUUAUUUGGGCAACUAAGCAAUAGAGCCAGAACAAACUGAGCCCAAAAGCCCGAAGCCAGACAUGCAGCUGGGUAAGAGAGAUAAAAUUAAACACAGUCGAGAGUAUUCACGUAAUCUUUUGAAAAUCGUUUACCCAAAAAAGCAAAAAAUUGUGGUAAAUCUCAGUGACUAUACUCGACUUGCUUCAGUUAAGAGCACAUGCGAAUUUUCCCUUGUGCGUGACGAGUAGGAAAGGGAAAAUUCGACGGAGAGGGUAAGAGUUUAAUUAUUUAUUGGGUGAGGAGUAAGGACUUGCUGCGGCAUUAUCAUUAUGCAAUCAAUUGCGUCCCUUUUAUUAUGUUGCUUGCAUAUAUAAUAUCAAUUUUGAUAUACAAUACCCAUUUUCGGUUUGACUAGCAGUUGCUGUGACACAGGGUUUUAGAGACUGUCAAAAUGAUUUGUUUUGGAAGAACGAGUGUUGAUUUUCUCGUGCAUAUCUAGUGUUCGAAGGAAUGCAUAAUAAGAGUGAUUCUUCUUUUAAUAGUCUUUUUGAAUGCAGACCUUUUGUACUCCUUCUAGAAUCAAUUCUGUACACUUAUACCAUUUAAUUUCCAGAGUGACAUUUUAGUUUUGAACAUGAUAUGUAUAAUUAGGUUUUAUACAGAGGAAACCAGCACAUUAUAGUUCAAUACUAAAAACUUUAUGAUUCACCCACUUUGUUGAAAAAAAAAAAAGGAUGCUACUGCAGAGAAAUAAAAUAUGAAAUAUGAGAAAAUUAGUUCUGGAGACUUACUACUAGCAAUGUUGUAAUUUGAUAAUUCUAGAGGAUCCGUAUCCCUUCCACUGUAUCAAGCAAACAGCUAACACUUCUCCAACUUUUAGAGGCAUGAUGCCCUUGGCACAUGAUAGCUCAAUUGCUUCUCCUCUUCUGCUGUCACGGAUAUGUCAGCCUAAGACAGACAAUACAAGAGCUCUUCUCUCGGGGAAUAAAUUCUCAACAACCACUAUAACCGUGUUACCAAAGACUACAUGUAUUCGUUGUAUGAUUGUUCAAUCAAAAUUUAGCCCAAAAGAUGGUAGUCCUGAAGGCAAGGAGAAAAAAGGGAAAAAGAGACCAGGAAAGAUAGAGCACCACUUGUGGAAAAGAAGAGAUUCAGCUCAGUCUGGCCAAAAGGCACUCAACCUAGUGAGAACUGUUUUUAAACUCCCUAAUGAGAAAGAGGCAGUUUAUGGGGCAUUAGACAAAUGGACAGCUUGGGAAACAGAGUUCCCACUGAUUGCUGUGGCAAAGGCCUUAAAAAUCUUAAGGAAAAGGGGUCAGUGGGUUCGUGUAAUUCAAGUAGCAAAGUGGAUGUUAAGCAAAGGUCAAGGAGCAACAAUGGGAACAUAUGACACCCUUCUUCUAGCAUUUGAUAUGGAUCAGAGGGUAGAUGAGGCAGAAUCGUUGUGGAAUAUGAUCAUCCAUGCCCACGUGCGUUCUGUCUCAAAAAGAUUGUUUUCUAGGAUGAUCGCAUUGUAUGAUCAUCAUAAUUUGCCAGAUAAAAUUGUAGAGAUAUUUGCAGAUAUGGAGGAGUUGCACGUAAAACCGGAUGAAGAUACAGUCAGGAGAGUGGCAAGUGCCUUUAGAAAACUAGGCCAGGAAGAGAAACGGAAUUUGGUUAUAAAACGAUAUGGGCUUAAAUGGAAGUACAUUCACUUUAAUGGUCAACGGGUGAGAAUUAGAACAGAAGCAUGGGAAGAAGAUAGGGAAUCAACCAAUCGGAAUGAGUACAUUAGUACACGUCAAUGAGGACACCACUAGAUCUUAAUGUCUGGGAUCUGCUGUUUUGAUGCAAUUGUCUUGUGUUCUACUGCUGUUGCAUUGUGGCUAACCCAUUUGGUCCAACAUAGCUACUGAUCAAUCAGGGAUUGUAUUACAUUGAGGGAUUGGGGCACUGCACCCUAAAUUUAAAAAUGACGAUGUUGUAAUAUAUAGAUAAGUAUGUAUUCAGUGCAAAACACGUUAACAUAUAAGAUAGAUUUAGUGUCUACAUCCGAAACUAAUUUUCUUAGUUCUACCCACACUAACGAUGCGUUUCAUCAACAUUAUUGUGGAUAUAAGAUACAGUAAUUGCGAACAGAUGGCCGCAUCUCUGUGAUCCUUUGUAUUCGUCCAUCUAGCAAGCUAAUUCAGAAGCAUAUGAAGCGUAGAAUUGGAUAAAUGAGAGUUCCGCUGAAUUGAGAUGGAACUGUCCGGGAUAACAUUUGCUUGUCUUGAUUCACAAAUGAUUCAACCAACCUCAUAUAAUUUGCCGAUGAAUAGGAUUGCUGUUGGACACUAUUGCAUACAAUCACUGUUCAUUCAGCCAACCUUAUAUUCUUGUUUUGCUAAACUUGGGCAGGUAUUAGUAGUCUACUGAUUUAGAGAUGGACGUGACAGAAAGACCGACCACCUGGGACUUGAACAAAUGAUUGCUCAAAGGUUUUCGUACAAAAUAUCCCUAAAUCUCCUAAACAAUUUUCUAAUUCUUAUGUUGAAAGACACUA